UCAAGCGCAAAUAAACCCUCUUCUCUCCUUUUCUCUCUCUCCCAGUCUCCACUCAAAACCACACCCUCUCUCACUUUUUCCUCAAACUCCCUAUACUUUCUCACUCACUAAUUUUCUUCACUCUUCUUGUUACGUCGUCAUCGCCAUUUUCCCUCCUAACCUAGAAGAAUCUAAAAAUUUUAUCUUCAAAACAACACAACACAGAAAAAAAAAAAAAACCCUUUUUCUUCUUAGCCAUGGAAUCACCCAACUCUUCCCCAAUUUUCCCACAAUUCACCUUCGACACCAACAAGAACAACAACAACCCGGACAACUUCAUUGUGGAGGACCUCUUGGACUUCUCCAACGACGACGUUGUCAUCACCGACGCCACCUUCGACUCCAUCACGACCGACUCUUCCACCGUCACCACCGUCGUUGACAGCUGCAACUCCUCCUCCUUCUCUGGCUCCGACCCCAAUACCGUCCCUGAUGUCGGUAGCCAGAAUCUAUCCGACGGCCAUUUCUCCGGUGACCUCUGCGUUCCGUAUGAUGACAUCGCGGAGUUAGAAUGGCUUUCGAAUUUCGUGGAGGAGUCGUUUUCGAGCGAGGACCUGCAGCAGAUGCAGCUGAUAUCAGGCAUGAAUGCGCGAAACUACGACGUAUCAGAGGCCCGCGAGUUCCACUACGAGCCCACCACCAGAAGCGGGCCCCACACCCCGGAGCCCACCACCAAAAGCGGCGGGCUCCACUAUGAGCCCACCAGAAACAGCCCAAUAUUCAAUUCGGAAGUGUCGGUUCCAGCCAAGGCCCGCAGCAAGAGGUCCCGCGGGCCCCCAUGCAACUGGGCCUCGCGCCUCCUCGUCCUGUCCCCGACAACCUCAUCGUCCUCGGACUCCGAGGUCACCGUUCCUGCUCCCGCCGAGCACGGGCCGGCCCCAGCAAAAAAGGCCGCAAAGGCCGGGCCGAGGAAGAAGGACAGCGGCAGCGAUGGCAACGGCAGUGGCGGGGACGGGCGCAGGUGCUUGCACUGCGCCACGGACAAGACCCCGCAGUGGCGGACCGGGCCCAUGGGACCGAAGACUCUGUGCAACGCUUGUGGCGUGAGGUUCAAGUCGGGCAGGCUGGUGCCCGAGUACAGGCCCGCGGCGAGCCCGACUUUUGUUCUGACUAAGCACUCCAACUCGCACCGCAAGGUGCUGGAGCUGCGAAGGCAGAAGGAAAUGGUGCGGGCCCAGCAACACCACCAGCAGCACCACCAGCAACAACAACAGUUCCUACACCACCACCACCAUAAUCAUAACCAUCACCAUCAUCAACAUCAUCAGAACAUGAUGUUUGAUGUAUCCAACGGUGACGAUUACUUGAUCCACCAACCCGUGGGCCCCGAUUUCAGGCAGCUUAUCUAGAAGGUGCUAGUGUAGGACAGCUGCGGUGGAGCCUCUGGUAAUUUUAAUUUGUAGCGGAGUUAUUAUAUACCCAUUAGAGAGUUCUUCUUCGUUUCUCUCUUUCUUUCUUUUUUCAUUCUAAUUCUGUUAGGGAAUGGUUUUUUUCCCCGACUCAUAAUUUUUUAGUUUAUGUAGACUGGUCUCAUGAGGACUCUUAUUAUUUCUUGAAGCCGUUUUUGUUUAGGCCAUAUUUUGGUAGACUCGAUGAUCGAAAGUUAAUUAAUUACUCAAAAGUAAAAAAUUUUCCUACUU